AUGUUCGCCCAGCUCUUAAUCUUUGUCUCCCUUCUCGCCACCUUCGUCGCUGCGACACCGGUGUCCACUUCCACGCCGGUAGCGACCGCGGCGCCGAUCAUGAGCGUUGUGCCGGUGUCUACUGCAACGCCGGUGUUUCCUGUAGCGCCGGUCCCGCUGGCCCCCGCGCCUCUCCAGUGCACCCAGGGCAGCCCCCAGUGCUGCCAGAGCAUCAAGCAUGUAACCCCAGCAAACACGACGGACCCGGGUUCCACGCUAUUCGGCGUUUUUGAGGGUGACAUCCUCCCUCAGGCUGGCAUCAAUUGCAACAUGCUCCACGGCCUCGUGGCUCUUCUGGGCUCUCCGACCUGCGAGGCCCAGCUGGGUUGCUGUGUCACUGGGUCCAUCAUCGAGGGCAUGGACGGCGACGGCCUCGCCACUCAAGGCAUCCAGUGUAUUCCCUUUGCCCAGGGACAGAAGACCAACCCCUUCGGAGGGGCGGCCUGA